CAAGUGACGGAGUUCAAAGCGUCAAGAGGUGAUUCAUCUUCACAUUUGCUUUGUUGUGCUCAAGUGUCCUCUCUAAGUAUGCGUCUUUCCCUGUCAUUGUCCAUUAUCUAUGCUGCCAAUGCCGCGCAGGCGUUGAAUUACGACCCCAAGUCGGUGCUCGGUGUGAACGACCCCGUGUUGAUUGCCAAGAUCGAAGGCUACAUGCCUCCCAUUUGCUCCUCGUUGUACGGCGACGCCCAGCAUUGGACGGACUGGAGCAUCUGCUCGGCCAAGUGCGGCAAGGGUGAACAAGUGCGCUUCCUCACCAACGACGCCAAGAAGAACCUCCAAUCGAACGGGUGCGAGAUCUCGAUCGACAAGCGCGAAUGCAACGGCAACGAAUGCCCCCAGGAUUGCCAAUACUCGGACUGGCCGUCGCAGUGGUCCACGUGUGACAAAGCGACCGGCAUCCAAGUGCAAUCUCGUGAAGAAAUCACCCCCGUCAAGAACGGCGGCAAGACAUGCGCUGAAUUGUGGGGCGGCGUCACGCGCACCCGCCAGUGCGAUGUCGACUGCGAAGGCUCGUUCGGCGAGUGGUCGGAGUGCCAAGGCAAGUCGGGCUCCCGCAGCCGCGUGUUCAACAAGACAGUGCAAGCGUUGAACGGCGGCAAGAAGUGCCCGGCGCCCGUUGAGACGGAGCGCUGCAACCCCGAGUGCCAAGCCAUUGCGUGGGCGCCGUUCAGCGAGUGCAACCCUGUCACGGGCCUGCACACCCGCACCCGCGACAUCCCUUUGGACAGCAACUUUAUCCACCUCAAGUCGGCGCUCAAGGCCAACAAUUGUCCACUGACCGACACCCAGCCGUGCGACUUGGACUGCAAGGUGUCCGAGUGGAACGACAACGGCACGUGUGACCUCUCCACGGGGACGCGCAAGCUGACGCGCCACGUCGUGCAAAAGGCGGUCAACUGCGGCAAGCCGUGCAACUCGCUGGACCACGACACAAACCUGGAGUCGACGGAGACGUGCCCCGUGCACUGCCAGUUGAGCGACUGGGGCCCGUACUUCUGCGACAAGGUGUCUGGCGUGUCCACGUCGACCCGCACGAUCGUGCGCCAGCCCCUCAACGGCGGCAACACGUGCGGCGACUUGCAGCGCACCAAGGACUGCGGUCCGUCCACGUGCGAAACGGGCGACUGGAACACGCAAGAGUGCUCGUACGACACGUGCACGGCCGUGCGCACCCGCGAGCAGCUGUACCCCAAGCGCGACCAGGGCAAGCCGUGCAACCUGUACGACAAGACGCCGUGCACGCUGGACGCCCAGAUGUCCGAGUGGAGUGAAUGGAGCACGUGCGACGCCACGGGCCACAAGAAACGCUCGCGCGAGAUCCUCAACAGCGCGUGCCACGGAGGUGCCCCUGCCGGCCACACCCACGAAAAGACCACCGACGGGUGCGGCAACAUCAUCUGCGACUCGGUAAACAACCCGUGGCCGUCCAACGAGGAUGGAGACGUGUGGGGGCCUUGCGACCAGGUGUCGGGGAUCCAAACCCGCCACCGCGCCAUCAUCACCAAGCCCACGGACGGCACCGUGUGCGAGACGCAGCAAUCCCGCACGUGUGCCGUCAACUGCGCGUUGGAUGCGUGGCGUCCAUGGUCCAAGUGCAACGAAUGCACGGGCCUCCAGAACCGCACGCGCAGCGUGUUGCAACCAGACUUGAACGGCGGCAACAAGUGCGGCGACACCAAGGAAGUGCGCAACUGCGACGUCGUAUGCGAAGCCACCGAGUGGACCACGUGGUCUGAGCCCGACGACUCGUGCACGUGCACGCGCACGCGGACGGAGCUGUCGCCGGCGUUGAACGGAGGCCAGUGCGUGUUGGAGGACACGGAUAAGCACUGCCCCCGCAGCUGCGAAGUGAGCGAGUGGAGCGCGCCAGGCGAGUGCCACACCGAAGGCAAGCACGCCGGCCUGCGCCAAUUCAAGCGCACGGUGCUCAAGAAACCGUGCAAUGCCGGCGCGGCGUGCCCGGAGCUGGAGAAGUGGGAGACGUGCAACGUGGACUGCGAAGUGGGCGACUUGACCGACUGGGGCAAAUGCAACCUCAAGACGCAACUCCAAGAGCGUCACCGCCCCGUGCUCCAGCAGCCUUACAACGAAGGCAAGCAGUGCGGUGCGACCACCGAAGUCCGUGCGUGCGGGACAUGCAGCGACCUCGUGGGACCGUUCAAGUACACCAAGUGCGACAAGGAAACGGGCACCCGCACGGGCGUGGCGUCGUGGAUCGCCGAACCCAAGCAAGGCCAGGAGUGCCACCUCCAAGUCACGGAACCUUGCGACGUGUCGUGCGACGUGUCCGAGUGGAACGCGGGCACGUGCGACGUGCACACCGCCCAGCAAGUGUUCACCCGCCAAAUCGUCGUGGACGCCAAGAACGGCGGCGUCGCGUGUCCCCUGGCGGACGAACUCGUGCGCCACGAGCCGUGCAAGGUGGACUGCGUGGCAUCCGACCUGUGGGGCCCCUGGUCCAAGUGCAACGGCCAAGGGUUCUCGUCCCGCAAGAAGAUUGUGGACAUCGUGGCCCAGAACGGCGGGUCCAACGCCGACUGUUUGGUCGAAGAAGUCAAGGUGUGCGCCGUGGACUGCGCCAUCGACACGGAUACUGGUGAUGUCUUGCAGCCGGCGCUCAACGGCGGCAAGUCGUGCAAGAAGAUUGCGGCGGAAAACAACCUCCCGGGCGACUACUCGGACGUCACGACCACCACCAACUUCAUGGCCAUGGUCAGCGCCAACAAGGAAUACGCCAUGGCUGCGUUGGCCACUGGUGGCGUCGGCCUCAUGUUUGUCGCUGGCUUGAUCUCCACGCGCCGCCAACGCCGCGGUGGAUACGACUCCAUCUCCCGCCAAAUCCCCAACUAAAAACCCGUUACAUUUCGAGUGCCGUAGCAUAAUGUGCAUUGAAUAUAAUACAUUUUGAGUGAACAAUCGUCGCCCAUUGUAUUGAUCCA